AUGCGCGCGCUCGCGCAUCCCGCGUGGUUCCGACCGACCCCGCGCCGCGGCGCCGGAAGGGGGCGCGCCGACCCGCCGCCUUCGACCCGCGCGCCGCCCCGCCCGACCCAGCGGCGCGGCGCGAGCGGCGGGGGGUUCUUCGGUGACCUGGACGUGCUCCCCGCACCGUCGCCCUCCGCCCCGCCGCCGACGCCGUCGUCGUCGUCGUCGUCGCCGCCGCCGCUGCACGUCAUCGAUAGGCCCCCGCCGGGCGUUCACGACUACUACCCGCCGCCGCCCGUGCCCCCCGACGAGGCGGCGAGCCCCUUUGGAAGUCUUCAACCGAGACACGGCGCCGCGCACACGCACGCGUCGACGCACGCGCGGCGAGCGCGCACGAUACGAGUCGUCCUUGCGAGGCCCAUCGAUGAGCACAUCUCCAUCGCGCCCAGGUUCCCGCCCGCGCCGCACUGCGCUAUCCAGGAGCUUGCGGACCCAGAGGACGAGCCCAGCUCCGCGAUCGGUGCGGUGGUGACCGACGCGCUUCCCUUCCCCGGCCUCGCGGGCGGGUUGGUGCGCCCCGGAGACGUCCUCGUGCGGCUCGAAGACCCGCGCAAGGCGCCCAGCGACGUGGACGUGACGGGGGCGAGUUUCGACUUUAUCGAAAAGGUCGUCUCGGCGAGGACGCCGCGCGGGGCGGUGACGGCGACGUUCGCGAGGUGGGAGGAGGACGAGGGGGGGGUGGGGGAGUUUCUGGCGACGAGGUACUGA